CUUUAAGGUGGUGUGGUUCAUUUAUUAGGCGUUUGCCACGUGGAUGUAGAGCAGCCUUUGACGUGGAUACGCUGAGGAUGCGACGCCCUUCUCUUCAACGCCGCCGUCAGGAGGAUCAAAGUUUUAGUGACAAAAUAAAUGAAAUAUGAUUUUCAAUCUGCGCUUUGGUGCCCGCUUGUGUCUGAAAACGCAAAGUGAAAAUGUGAGAAAAACCAUCAAGAAGAAAAUGCAAUUGGCGCGUCCUUAAGUGUGAGCAGAAGUUGUUGUUUUGUGUGAGUGAACCGGAAAAGUGUUUCGUAAAGAGAUAAAUGUCAUGCGAUCUUUCGCACGAUAAGAGCAACAUGCAGUGCAGUGGCGGCUUGAGCUCAUCCGGAUGUCAUGAGGAGCUGCUGCAUACCAGAAGCGGUUUCUCGGACGCUCAUCUCAUGGCAUCUACACAGGAUCUCGGAUCUCAUGGUCACCCUGAGACGCUUGCAGUGCGCCGCGAUCGGCGUCUUCAGGGUGGCGCUGAGCCUUCGCCUCACCGUCGUCUACCUCACCAGCAGCAGUGUUUACCCAGCCCUGAGAACCACCAUUAUCAUUCGUAUCCUCAAGAAGAGAAUCGAGGAGACUUUCACGCUUUACCCCAAACCUCUUCGUCCUUGUCAGCUAAUACGAGUGUUUCUUAUCCCCAGAUGUCACAUCACUUUCUGUAUCCAGUCAAUAAUCAGAGUGAUAAUAACGGCGUAUUGGCAGAAUGUGCCAGCUAUUCUGGCAACGUCCUCUACCAGUGUGAUAUAUCUUACCAUGAUGUCACGGGUUCUGGUUAUGACGUCGGUCAAGACGUCAUCAAUGUAGGUGUAGGGGUGGGAGGGGGGAGAGACUGGAGGUGGGCGGGUCAGAAUGAAGUGGCCUCCCACACGAACGAGAUAAGAAGUAAACGGCCUUUUGGAUCUUAUCAGAAUACGAUACACGAAUCCGCCGUGAAUGACAAUGGGGUGUUGCUGCUUGGAGCUGGCCAGGACCUGUAUGAUAAUGGGAUGGCGGCCGCCUCCUCCUCGGCUGACUCUUCGCGUCGCGUCGCUGAUGACAAUUGUGGCGUCACGGAACGCACCCAGAAUGACGUCAGGCGCCAGUGUGGCAUGUUGGGUAAUGCCCCUGAUGUCCAGUUGCCAGUGAUGACUCUGGAAAUUGAAAAAUGGUUUAUGGGGCUUUUUGUGAGUGAAGAUGAUGAGGAUGACGAUGACGACGAGGAUAAGAUAGACAGAAAGCAACCGAGAAGGGGUAAAGAUAAUAAGAAAACCCAGAAUGACGCUCCCGACUACGACCUAUACGAGGAUGCUUCAAACGCACAGAAACAGCCAAAUUAUGUGAAUGAUGAUGAGCAGUUAAUAUAA